AUGAAGAGACUGGAUGAGUCAGAACUAUCAAAGCCACCAUCUAAGGUCUUAGAAGUUAUCUGCAAACUUGGAAAGGGUUCUUAUGGCAGUGUCUUCAAGGCCAAGCACAAAGCUUCGGGAACCGUUGUUGCUGUGAAAAAGGUUCCCGUAGAUAGUGAUCUCUCUGAAAUUGUAAAGGAAAUAUCUAUCAUGCAACAAUGUGACAGUCCCUACAUCGUCAAAUGCUUCGGCAGCCUCUUCGAUAAUCAGGAUCUCUGGAUUUGCAUGGAGUACUGCGGUGCUGGUUCUGUUGCCGACAUUAUGCGUCUGCGCAAUCAAACCCUCACAGAGGAGGAAAUCGGAACCAUUCUAAAAUACAGUCUCCUUGGACUGGAUUACCUUCAUCAGAUGCGUAAAAUCCACCGAGACAUAAAGGCGGGCAAUAUAUUGCUCACCAGUUCGGGAAUGGCCAAGUUGGCGGAUUUCGGAGUGGCCGGACAACUGGUGGACACUUUGGCCAAGCGCAAUACAGUCAUUGGAACUCCCUUUUGGAUGGCUCCUGAGGUCAUCCAAGAGGUGGGCUACAACUGUUCUGCAGACAUCUGGUCACUGGGCAUAACAGCAAUAGAGAUGGGAGAUGGAAAACCACCUCUAGGAGACGAACAUCCUAUGCGAGCGCUCUUUAUGAUCCCCAGUCAGCCCUCGCCACGGCUGCGAGACGAGAAGGCUUGGUCUGUGGAUUUCGUGGCCUUCGUCAACUCCUGUCUGGCUCGUGCGCCUGAAGCGCGGCCCUCGGCUGCUGCUCUCUUGCAAACAAGCUUUAUUCGUGGUGCAAAAUCCUGCUCCAUUCUUCUACCGCUAAUUGAGGAGUCCAACCGUCUGCGUGAAAAGCGUCUCAACGACUCAAAAGCAGCAGCAGCGUCAACUACGUCCCCCCAAACGCCGUUUGCAAAAGCCUCCGCCAAGGCCAGAGCGAGGCCGCAAGAAGUGAUUGACAUUGUCGAGGAGGAGACGAGCAACUCGGGCACUAUGAUUCAGCGCUCUGGCUCCUCCAGCAUGAUUGUUAAGGGCGAAGGGGUAGGGGCGACAGGCGAUGCGAGUGGAACCCUCAUCUUCCUUAAUCGAAGCGAUAGAGGUGGAACUUUGGGUCAAGAUGGCGCAACCACGAUGGUUAUUAACGAGGAUUUCGGUGCGGAAGACGACACCGAGUGCUCGGUGGUUAUCCACGCAGGUGAUUCGAUGGUGGAGAAGGACCCUGGGGCCGAAAACGCGGGUACGCUGACUCAAAAUUUCGCCCGCCAAUUGGCUAUUGGCAAUAGGUGCAAAGAGAGCGAAAAUGUGGCUGCUGCGGUGGCUGCAGCACAACGAGCCUGUGGCGCGAUUCCAUCACCCACUUCUCCCCCUUCCGCUUCUGAAUCUGACUCCUGCUCCUCCUCGCCUUCCCACCAUCAUCACCAUCACCAUCUCCUGCUCCCACACACCAGCGGUCAACGUCCUUUUGCCCCGUUCUCUCGCGCUUUUCAUGAGAGUGGUGCUCUUCUACAACAACAGCAACAACAGGGCAUGUCGCUCUUCGAUGGAGGGGGUGGAGUGCCUGCGCCAGGUCACACAAACGCUCUUGCAUUGGCUAAUGAGCCUGGUGGGCUUUCAAAACUGUCCUACUCAGAGUUGGAGCAGCUGUUGGUAAAUUUGGGGCGGGAUUUGGAAACUGAGCUGCGGAACCUGGCCAUUCGCUAUCGUCAUAAGAGGCAACCGCUGUUGGACGCGAUCGCGGAGAAGACAGCUGCGCUGGCGCCAUAA